AUGGCAGAUGUCGCGGAGCAGACCAAUGGCGGUCACGAGCAUUUCCAUAUGCGUAGUCUUGGCCAUCUCAGACUGCGACACCAGCAUACAAACGAAAUUAUUCUGACACCUACUCCAUCCAUUGAUCCCAACGAUCCAUUGAGAUGGAGCACCUCGUACAAGAUUUAUAUUGCUAUCCUCGUCUGUCUCGCAAUGAUCAUGUGUAACUUUAUGGCAGCGGGGCCUACCGUGGCCAUGGUCCAGGUCGCUCAAGAUUUCUCGGAAGGGGGCAACACUAACCUGUCCGAUUGGAUAGCCCGUGCAGCGUACUUUUUUAACAACAGCGCGCUGCUUCAGGGAGUCUCAACACUGUUCUGGGUGCCACUACUAAAUAAAUACGGACGUCGGCCCGUGUAUCUCGCGUCUUUGGUCCUGUAUUUCUUCAUGAUAUUGGGAGCCGGAUUGGCGCGAACCUACGCCGGUGAGCUGACGACUAGGACAAUUCUUGGAUUUGGUGCAGGAGCUGGAGAGUGCCUCGCGCCGGUGACGAUUGCAGAUGUUUUUUACCUGCAUCAGAGAGGUUAUGGAAUGGCAAUUUACAACGCUGCACUCUCCGCCGGAGUGGCUUUUGGCAUUAUUAUUUCUGGCCUUGUUACAAUCCAGCAUUCAUGGCGCUCCAUCUACUGGGUUGGUUGUGGCCUCGUCGGAGGUUUGCUCAUUGUUGUCUUCUUCUUUUUCCCGGAGACAGCAUUCGUCCGUGUGGGAAACCCUCUCGCUGAACGUAGCUACGAAGUGGAAAAAGAGGCGGAGGCUACCACAACCGAAGCCCUACCUGAUAUUCCACCCAAGGAUAGCUACUGGCAUCAUUUACGCCUCUGGAGUGGCAAGACGUACACUGAAGAAUCUUUCUGGCGAAUGUUUGUUCGUCCCUUUGGUCUGAUUUUAAUACCGCCGGUAUUUUGGGCCACAAUAGUUAUGUCUGUCACCAUCGGCUUCCUCGUUGCCGUGGUGUCAAAUUUUGCUUCCGCAUUUAGUACUGUUUAUGGAUUUUCCGCAUGGCAGAGUGGUCUCUGCUUUGUUUCGGGGAUGGUAGGCUGCUUGUUGGGUACUUUUGCCGGAGGCCCAUUUUCUGACUGGGUAGCCGAUUACUUCACACGGCGGAAUAAUGGCAUUCGGGAACCGGAGAUGCGCCUUCCAGCCAUUAUACCUAGUGUCAUUGCAGCACCACUAGCACUGCUGUUGUACGGCUUGGGUAUUGCGAACGCCUGGCAUUGGAUGGUUCCUACUUUCGCCCUCGGUCUGCUUUCCUUCGCUAUUUCGCAAGGCACCAACGUUUCGUUCGUGUAUUGUAUUGACUCCUUCCGGCCCAUCGCAGCGGAAGUCACUGUGACCCAGUUGGCUUUUAAAUCAUGCUUCGGAUUUCUUUUAUCUUUCUAUACUAAUCCUUGGGUUGAAAAAUCUGGAUACGCUGCGGCCUACGGAGCGAUGGCAGGUAUUUCUGGAGGCUGCCUAUUAUUCUUUAUACCUCUCUUCUUCUGGGGUAAGCAAAUUCGAACUUCAUCGAUGAAAUGGUCAUUUCUACAGUUCGUCUUUUGGAAAAACGAUCGCGAGGUUGGAGAGUAA